AUGACUCCAGUAUCCCUAAGAAAUGAUAGCAUGUCUUCUACCUUCUUGCUGAGUGGCAUCCCUGGGCUGGAGCACAUGCAUAUCUGGAUCUCCCUCCCACUCUGUCUCAUGUACCUGGUUUCCAUUCUGGGUAACUGCACAAUUCUUUUUAUCAUUAAGACAGAGCCCUCACUUCAUGAGCCCAUGUACCUUUUCCUGUCCAUGCUGGCUCUGACUGACUUGGGUCUCUCUCUUUGUACCCUCCCUACAGUGCUGGGCAUCUUUUGGGUGGGAGCACGAGACAUUAGCCAUGAUGCUUGCUUUACCCAACUCUUUUUCAUCCACUGCUUAUCCUUCUUGGAAUCCUCUGUGCUCCUCUCUAUGGCCUUUGAUCGCUUUGUGGCCAUCUGUCGCCCUUUGCACUAUGCUUCCAUUCUCACCCACACAGUGAUUGGCAGAAUAGGUCUGGCCUCUCUGGGCCGUAGUGUUGCCCUCAUUUUCCCAUUGCCUUUCAUGCUCAAACGAUUCCCUUAUUGUGGCUCCCUAGUUCUCUCACAUUCCUAUUGUCUCCACCAAGAAGUAAUGAAACUGGCCUGUGCAGACAUCAAGGCAAACAGUAUCUAUGGCAUGUUCGUCAUUGUUUCUACAGUGGGAGUAGACUCUCUGCUCAUCCUCUUCUCCUAUGCACUUAUUCUGCGCACUGUGUUGUCCAUUGCCUCAAGGGCUGAAAGACUCAAAGCUCUCAAUACAUGUGUUUCACACAUCUCUGCUGUGCUCCUGUUCUAUACUCCCAUGAUUGGAUUGUCUGUAAUCCACCGCUUUGGAAAACAGGCACCCCAUCUAGUCCAGGUGGUCAUGGGCUUUGUGUAUCUCCUUUUCCCUCCUGUGAUGAACCCCAUUGUCUAUAGUGUCAAAACCAAACAGAUACGGGAUAGGGUAACCCAUGCCUUUUGCCACUAG